ACAAAUAUAUCAGCACAACUUGGAGACAGAAAAAACAGGAAAAUCCACCACCAUAACAUAAAAACCAAUUAAAAGAACUUGGAUAGUGGGAUAUAUUUCAAGUUGGAGUCCACUAAAUCCCUUUCUAACUGACAAAGCUAAAGAUUUUGCAGAAAAUCUGCUAAUAAUGCCACACAAAUUUGAUAAAAACAAUGGCCUUUGCAUAUAUAGAUUCCUUUUGGUUUAAAGAUCAUGGCUCAACUAAAGUUUUUAUUUUCUAUCUUCUUUUGUUUUUCUUCUAAACAAAUUUUACCGGUCUAUAAACACUUGAAGACUUUAAUUUUAGGAGGUUAUUUUUCACCUUAGUGUGUUAAAAGAGAAGGUUAGUUAAGUUAUUUUAUUUUAAUUUUGUCACUAUGCAUAAGAGGGAAGGUCUACUAGCAUUUGGACACAUGCUGUUUCUCAUGAGUAUAAACAAACAAGACUUUUCUUCAAGUGGGGUGUGAGCUUUCCAUACCAAGUUUAAUUGCAAGUCAGAAAGCAAAAUAGAGGAACAAGGUUAGAUUAAAAGGCUUACAUGCUUUUCAUUGUUGUCAAUUCAAAUUGCAAGUUCUAGUUCAGAACACUCUUCAUACUCAUUGCACUUGUAGUAGUAGCUGCCACUGCUUUGGACACCAAAAAUGAGCUAUGGACAUCCUUAUAUGGGUUCAGGUAGCCGAACUGCUCGAAGAACUUUUGAGUUCGGGAAGACGCAUGUAGUGAGGCCAAAAGGAAAACACCAAGCCACCAUAGUAUGGCUGCAUGGUCUUGGUGAUAAUGGUUUGAGCUCAUCUCAGCUCCUGGAAUCUCUUCCACUUCCAAAUAUAAAAUGGAUUUGCCCAACUGCUCCUACCCGUCCUGUGGCCAUACUUGGUGGCUUUCCUUGCACUGCAUGGUUUGAUGUGGGAGAACUCUCAGAAGAGGGUCCGGAUGAUUGGGAAGGUUUAGAUGCCUCAGCAGCACACAUAGCUAACUUGCUGUCAACAGAACCAGCUGAUGUGAAAGUUGGAAUAGGAGGGUUCAGUAUGGGUGCAGCAAUAGCACUUUACUCUGCAACAUGUUUUGCUAUGGGAAGGUAUGGAAAUGGCAUCCCAUACCCUGUCAACUUAAGAGCUGUUGUUGGACUAAGUGGCUGGCUUCCAGGCUCAAGGAGCUUAAGGAACAAAAUAGAAGUGUCACAUGAAUCAAGAAGGCGAGCUGCUUCAUUACCCAUGUUGCUGUGUCAUGGAAUAUGUGAUGAUGUAGUUCCAUGCAAAUACGGAGAGAAAUCAGCCCAAUGCUUAUGUUCAUCAGGAUUUCGAUAUGUUGCAUUCAAAAGCUAUGAUGGGAUUGGUCACUAUACAGUUCCAAGAGAGAUGGAUGAGGUAUGCAACUGGCUUAACUCCAAGCUAGGCCUUGAGGGAUCUCCAUAACAAGUUUGUAUGGAGAUGCAUAAAGCAUAAGCACAAGUAGAUAUAGAUCAUGGCAACGGUUCUUGGGGUAUAGAUAUAUAUAUAUAUGUAUGUAGGAGAGAUUUCAUUUUCUGGGGUCCCUUUUUGUCUUGUUCCUGAGCAGCAAUAAGAGUUAUCAAUGUGUUUUCUAUGUAUUUCUCUAACUAUUAUUAUUCUAGAGCCUAGACACUUGGACACUUGUAUUAUCUUAUGGGAGAGCUUUGUAGUUUUAAUUUUAAUGAUUGUAAGAGAUUUGCAGUUUUAAUUAUUGUAACAAUGUUUCUUGCGU